AUGGUGCUCAAGGUUUACGUCGAUCUUCGCUCACAGCCUGCCCGUGCACUCGUCAUCUUUCUCAAAAAUACUAAAAUUCCUUUUGAAAUUGAAACAAUUAACCUGAGAACUGGUGAUCAUAAGAAACCCGAGUUUGUGAAGAUCACUCCUCUCUGCGCAGUGCCGGCCAUUCAAGAUGAUGACUUUGGCAUGGGGGAAACUGUGGCGAUAAUUCGGUACUUGGCAACGAAGUAUGCAGAUUUGGUCCCAGACCACUGGUACCCGAAGGACCUGAAGAAAAGAGCCAGAGUUGAUGAAUACAUGUCCUUUCAUCAUACAGGAACUAGAGGAGGAUGCGGUGGGAUGCAUAUCAGUGAGGUUCUCAUCCCGUUGUGGUCCGGAGGAAAGCAGCACGCAUCAGAAGAAAGGAUGAAGAGAGACGAGGAAAACCUAACCAAACAACUAGACAAGCUGGAGACGGCUUUCUUGCAGGAUAAUGAUUGGUUGGCUGGAGAUGAUAUCUCUGUCGCUGACGUGCUCGCCGUCUCGGAGAUGAUGCAGAAUACAAUAAAGGGACGAGAUGUCACAGAAGGGCGACCUAAACUCAGGGCCUUCGUAGAUCGUGUGAAGAAUCGUCUCAACCCUACUUUUGAUGAAGUCCAUAAAGCCUUGUAUGCAUGGAGAGAUAGCUACAACAAGUAGAUUCAUAGUGAAUUUGCCUUAGAAUGAACCUCAUAUUCACAAGAGUCUUUAAUAUCGAAUCAUCUACUCAAACCUAUUCGAGUCUAUCGAAAUGUUUCUCAUUUCCUCAACUCUUGUUUUUACUUUCUUCAUCUCCCCUAUUCGUCUUUUUAAUCACUAUAUCACACUUGAUCUGCACUAUUAUCUUUUAAUUUUCUCUUAUUCCUUUAAUUGUUUUUGUUACCCCCCCCCCCCCCGCCUCCCUCACUCUCCGUCUAUCUCUUUCUAAAGUUGUGAACGUUUUCCGAAAAUGUUAUCCAAUUUUAGUAGGAUCUCAGCGAACACGGUUUUAGAGGUUACAAACAAAUGUUUUCCCCAAACGUUUUCUUUCCAAAUCUCAUCUCUCUUUUAUCUUUCGGGUAAUGAUCAAUUACACGUCUUUCUCUCUCUCUCUCUCUCUCUCUUUCUCUCUCUCUCUCUCUCUCUCUCUCUCUCUCUCUCUCAUUCUCUCUCUCUCUCUCCUUUGUUCUUAAUCGCCCUACUACUCUUAAACUAUUAUCUAUUUGCCUAAUCCUCACAUUCAACCUAGCAAUUUUAAACAGAUUAUCUAAAUAUCAUAACAUGUCCAUGAACGAAUGUCUUGAAGUUCGACCGAACAUUUGGGAAUAUAGGGAUUGUUCGCUGGAAGAAAAUAUGUCUCCAUAUAUUAGAACUACCUAUACUUGUCUAAUAAAAACAUGAUUAAUACUAAACAUGUUAAUAAACUGUUGAACUUGCAAAUCAA